AUGGUUGUUGUGGGAGCAAGUAACGGAACCUUUGGUAGUGGCAACAUGAGGUCGUCGUUCAUGAUAGAGGAUAGAGUCGGUGGUGAAGAUCCCGGGGGCUCCACCAACAUGAUGAUCUCGGAGGCUCUUGCGCCCCGGCUGCUGAUGAUUGCGCAGGGCGCCGCAGAAGCUGCAGCAGCGGCAGCAGCGACUUCUCCGUCCACUUCCAGUCAGCUGCAGGUCAUGGAGACGAACGGGACCCGGUGCGGCGAGCAGAUCCUGAGCUACGGCCGGGUGGAAAAAGUCCUGAUCGGCGGGGUCCUCACCAUGCUCACGCUGUCCACCAUCUGCGGGAACUUACUGGUGGUCAUCUCCGUGUGCUUCGUCAAGAAGCUGCGCCAGCCGUCCAACUAUCUGAUCGUUUCUCUGGCCAUGGCGGACCUGUCAGUGGCCCUGGCUGUGAUGCCGUUCGUCAGUAUCACGGACCUGAUUGGUGGUCAGUGGAUAUUCGGACAGUUCUUCUGUAACGUUUUUAUCGCCAUGGAUGUGAUGUGCUGCACCGCGUCCAUCAUGAGUCUGUGCGUAAUCAGCAUCGACAGGUAUUUGGGUAUCACAAAACCCCUGACGUAUCCUGUGCGACAAAACGGCUGCUGCAUGGCCAAGAUGAUCCUGUCAGUGUGGCUCCUAUCAGCCUCCAUCACCCUCCCCCCUCUGUUCGGCUGGGCGCAGAAUGUCAACGACGGCAGAGUCUGCCUCAUCAGUCAGGACUUCGGCUAUACCGUGUACUCUACAGCUGUGGCGUUCUACAUCCCCAUGUCAGUGAUGUUGAUCAUGUACUACAGGAUCUACCGAGCGGCCAAACUCAGUGCUGCCAAGCACACCAUCACUGGUUUUCCCAGAGAAGGGGAGCACAGUGCAGUGGUGGCUCCCCGAGGGGGAAGAGGAGGGCAUGAGGCUCACCGGCCAGCAGUAUUAGGAGAAACAGGAGGCGUUGAAGGGACAAUGGCUGAGGAGGAGGAAGCUGAAGAAGAGGACGAGAGCUUGGACUGCGUGGCAGCUGCGUUGAAGCUCCAGCGUGAGGUGGAGGAGGAGUGCAGCACACGAGUCUCUCGUCUCCUCAAGACCGGUGAACACCACCAACGGCGGAAGAGGAAAAAUCAGUCAAUCUUCAAACGGGAGCAAAAGGCUGCGGCCACUCUGGGCAUCGUGGUCGGCGCCUUCACCUUCUGCUGGCUGCCGUUCUUCUUGGUGUCCACUGCCAGGCCUUUUGUCUGCGGGGUAGAGUGCAGCUGUGUGCCGCUCUGGCUGGAGAGAACUCUGUUGUGGCUCGGGUACGCCAACUCCCUCAUUAAUCCCUUCAUUUAUGCAUUUUUCAACCGUGAUCUGAGGACCACCUACAGUAACCUCCUGCGGUGCCGCUACCGGAACAUCAAUCGGAAGCUGUCAGCAGCUGGCAUGCACGAGGCUCUGAAACUGGUGGAGAAGCCAGAUACUGAUGUGUAA